AUGGACAUGGCUUCAACUCCUAAACAAGAAACAAACUCGAAGAAGAUGACAAUGACUUCGAAAUGUGCUGCCAUCGAUGAACCAUCUAGGAUGGCGUUCAACCUUCAUCAUAGUCGUCAUUUCAUUACUUUAUCCUAUCUGUUUUUGUUGUUAUGCUCUUGUUUCUCGAGCAUUUUCUGUAGCAGCGAUAAUGAUUUCCCUCCUGUUACGCCUAUCAAUCGUGAUCUCUACCGCACUAGUGACGCCUUAAUGGAAGAGAUAGAAGCAUUGGUUAAUCGACACCAAGAUAGACUCCAUAUGGAGACAUUUCAAAGUACAAAUAAAGGCUACCAUGCUGAACUAAAUGUAGUUACAUAUUGCCGGAAUAGAACAGCCAUUGAAGACAAAUCAAAGUUUAGAAUACUUCUUAUGAUUACUUGUCUUCCAGAGUUUUGGGCAGCAUGCACGGGAGCUUAUUACAACCGAGCUUGCAUUAAGGAUCCUCUCCAUCUUAAGUGAGGAGCAAUUUUUACCUAAAAUGGAUCCACUGUUGCUGAACAAGACCCUUGAGAAGAUUGUUAUAAAGGUGGUGCCAAUGGAAAAUCUAAAUGGACGCAAAAAAGUCGAAGCAGGAGAUGUUUGUGAGAGAAGAAAUGGAAGAGGAGUUGAUCUCAAUCGGAAUUGGAGUGUAGAUUGGGGGAAAAAAGAGAAGGACUUUGAUCCUUAUGAAGAGAAUCCUGGAAUUGGCCCAUUUAGUGAACCUGAAGCUCAGCUAAUGCGAAAGCUCUCAACAUCAUUUGAACCACAUAUUUGGGUCAAUGUACAUUCCGGAAUGGAGGCUCUUUUUAUGCCAUAUGAUCACAAAAACACAACUCCAUCUGGAGUAGAAUCACAGAAAAUGAGGUUGAUGCUUGAAACAUUAAACCACCUUCAUUGUGGAGACCGUUGUGUGGUUGGAUCUGGUGGUGGAUCUGUUGGGUAUCUGGCACAUGGUACAACUACGGAUUACAUGUUUGAUGUGGCAAAGGUUCCCAUGGCUUUCACCUUCGAGAUUUAUGGAGAUGAAAAAGCAUCUUCCAGAGAUUGCUUCAAAAUGUUCAACCCUGUGGAUCAUCCCACAUUUAAUAGAGUUCUGAACGAAUGGUCAGCCACAUUCUUUACAAUGUUCAACAUGGGAGCACAUCAAAUGAAAGAUCCACAAGAAUCAACCCCAUUUAAUAUGGACCAUUUGAUCUCAAUAGAUGAUUAUUUAAACGGAUAUUUAAUCGAGAGAAAAAAUAGAUAUGGUGAAAAGAAGGAAUUUCUGGACCUUGGUUUGCAAGAGAUCCGAACAUAUUUCAGGCUCUUUUUGCUGUCUUCGGUCAUGUUAAUGUUCAUGUUUUGUUCUAGAAUUGCAAAGAGUAAUAGAUCACAUUUGCCUUCAAUUUCUCUAUGAAAUUGAAUAAAAAGGUGUGUAUUGUUUUAGUUAUUUGUUACGAGUUUUCUCAUUGAUUCAAGGUUUCUAGCUUCUUUUUUUUUUUUUUU